AGAUGUAUUCAAUUAAAAUGUAAUUCAAACUUGUAACUGAAAUCCUACAGCUUGUCACAGGUGUAAAACUCUCAGCCCAAGGAAAAAAGAAUUUUGUCAUUAUACUGUGUUAGAGGUAGGAAUGAUGACAGGUUUUAAGACUCACAAAUCUGACAUGCAUUUUUCUUUCUUUUUCGUAAUUUCUACCUUGAGCUUAUGUGUGCAAUCAUAUCAAGGACUAAGGAUAAAAUCACUGGAAGAGCGAAUCUUACACCUGGAGAAAAUGAUCCAACAGAAUUGUGCUUGUGAAAAGGAAAGAAAAAUUACUCAUGGAAAAGUAUUAAUGGGCGAAACAUUGAUUAAAGCAAACCUUAAUAAAAGGGUAAAAAGGACUACAGGUCUCCAACAAAUAAAACGAAAUUCUUAUAUGUGUGCGUUUUCCAGUAUUUUAAGCAAGGAUUUACCAAAUACUGGACGCACUCAAACUAUCGUUUUUGACCAUGUGAUCACAAAUACAGGCAACGCUUACAACAGACACACUGGCAUCUUUCAUGCACCCUCCAACGGAAUCUUCGCUUUUUCUUGGACAAUGAACAGUGAGAAAAUAAACGGACACUUUGAGUUGAUGCAUAACUCAAAAAUCAUAACAGCCAUCAGCACUGAAUUAACAAAUCUUGAAAUAGGGACUACCUCCGCGACAAUGGUUUUACAACUGAAAAGGAACGACGUAGUGUUUAUUCGGACUGACCAUAUUUAUGGAAAGACAAAUAUUGUCAGCAAUGUUCUUAUGCGAUCAAGCUUUUCUGGUUGGCAAAUCUUUUGACUUUUUAUAAACAGUUUCAAAAAACAGAUUAGCUGUUGAAAAUUUCUUUUAAAAUAUAAAAAUCACAUUUAUCAGAUAUA